AUGCCCUCUUAUUUAGAUCGUUCUUCAGUCCAAUUUAAACCCCAAUUUCCAAUCCAUAAACUUAAAAUUCCAGACCUUCUUAUUUUUCUUCUUCUUCGAUCAAUUGCGGUCUGUUGGAGCUUCCGGCAAAUCAAGGUCAACACCACAAGCCGCAUGAAAGAGAGACGCAUUCGACUAUCGCCUAACACUGCAAUUCAGUUUUACGGUGUACAAGAUCGACUAGAUGAUUUUAAGGCAGCUUGGAUUGAGGUCAACCAUGAAUUGUUUUGGAUCGAGCUACCAAUACGAUAG